AUGCAGAGCGCUGGAGGAGAGGGCGGUGAGGAGGGAGGGGAGGAGGAGGUGAGGGGAGAAAGCUCCAACCAGACUGAGGAUGGAAGUGACAAAGCAUCAGAGGACUGUGAGGCGACCGUCCCACCUGCUCAAGAGUGUGGAUCACAGAAUCCGUCAGGACCAGAGCCCGAUGACCCGUCCCUCCAGCUUCACCCUGACCACAGUGGUGCAGAUGACUACUCACCUGCAGCCACAAAUUCAGUGCAAGAAAAUGCAGCUCAAGUGCCGUUAACGCUUCACCUCUCAAACCUUAACAUAUCAGAAGACAUGGAAGAUCAAGGGACACUGCCGGAGGUCGAGGAAGAGGAGGAAGAGGAGGAAGAGGCCGACGAAUUCAUUGUUCUGGACUCUGAACAUCCCCUGGUCAGAAGGCAACAAGCUGCUCUGAGCAGCCAGCUCAGCAAGCAGCUGGAAAGGAUCAACCUGGGAAUGAAGGAAAAGCUGGCAAUGGAGAGGGCAGAUGACAACCUCAUACUGGAGAUAGGUGUUGAGAUGUUCAGGGUCCAGGAGCAGUUGGCCAGACUCCAGACCAGACUGGAUGACCGUCAUCAUACUAAGGCACAGGCUGAAGCCAAACAUCAACAGGCACAAGAUCAGCUGGAGGCUAUGAAGAGCCAGUAUUCCAGGAUAACUAGCCAAAACAGCAAAGCCCAAGCCAAUGUGUCCCAGUUACAGGCGGAGACAGACGACCUGAUGCUGCAUCUUACCUUCACACAAGAAGUCAGUGAAGAUCUGCGCUCAAAUGUCAAAGCCAUGAAGAAUACCAGACACAAAGCGGGAGCUGAGAAGAACCAGGCUGAAGAUCAGAAAUUAAAGCAGGAUUUAUAUGUGGAGUGUCUAACAAAGGACAUGGAGAAGCUGACACAGCAGAUAGCCAUGUAUGAAGCCCAGGCCAAUGCUCAAGCAGAGGAGACACAGGCAGCCAAAGAGGCGCACUCUGAGGCUGAGAUGGAGAUGGAGUCUCUGGUGAUGGCGCGUAAACAGCUGCUGCAUCAGUGGAGCAGCAGCCUCGUGGGCAUGAGGAGACGAGAUGAGGCCUUCAACGCGAUGCAAGAGGCUGUGCGCACCGUUGAGCACCAGGUGAUUUUGCUGGACAGACAGAUUGAAGGUUACAAGAGAUCAAUCACUGAAGAGCAGGAGCAAAAUGAGACACUAACUAUGCAGCUGAACUGGUCCCAGAUGGACGGUGCCACAUCCAAAAAGCUGAUCAGUCAGAAGCAGGCCCAGCAAGAGGCUCUGCAGGCCCACUACAGCACCUGCCUCCGCACUCUGAGGGAGACAGAGCGCACCCUCGCCAGGCUCUCUAAGGACAUCAGCUCCCACCGUGUUGAAGUGAACGAUCAGAGGAGACAGUUGGAGAAAGAGAGCGCUUUGCGUCUGGAGUCGGAGGAGAAGAUCAUGACCCACAUCCAGCAGAAGCUCACCCACAACAAGGCUGCCAAGUUCUCCCAACGGCUCACCAGCAGAAUAGCCAGUCUCAAGAAGCAGAAGAUCUCUCAGUUGUGGCAGUUGGAGAAUGAUGUAGUGGUGGUGGGAGUGGAAAGCAGCGAGGUCAGCCAACAUCUGGACAGCCUGACACUCACCCAGGAGGCCCUCGAUGAGGAGAUUGCAAAGAACAGCAAGUUACUGACAUGCCAGCAGACUAAGAUUUCUUCCUUUGGUACACUCAUUGGGAAGAAGCAGGCUACCAUCGGCAACUAUCACAGAAAGAUCCAGCAAAUUGCAGCCAGAACUGGGACUGAGGACCUGAGUCCUUUGCAAAUCGAGAUAGAGGCACUAAUGGCUCAGAUUGACAAGCUGGCAGCGAAUAUCAAGAGUGACCAGCAGCGCUGGAUGAGACGGCAGGGGACUCUAGUAGGACUGACCCAAGAGAUAGAGGCCAACAGCAAGGACAUGCUCAAACUGCAGACGGAGUACACUGGCAUGCAGCAGAAGAAAAUAUGCUUGGAGAGUCAGAUUGAAGUAGAGCACCGUGAGGAGAGGGAGCUGGACAAGAAUGUGAAGAUACUGAGAGGAGACCUGCUGAAGCUCAAUACCCUGCUGAGCAAGAACGGACAGCUCAGCCAGGCACUGGAGCAGGAGCAUGCAUUGAUGGAGACAGAUUUCCUCCACAGACUUAAGGAGGCAGAGCGAGAGGCUAUCCAGAUGCAUAUGAAACACGAGAAGACCCGGGAGGAAAAAGAGAGACUCCUCAACAGUCUGGUGGAGGCUGAGCGGCAGAUAAUGCUAUGGGAGAAGAAGACCCAGCUUAUAAAAGAGACCCGUUCAGCUGUGGACUUUGAGGUGGGCCAGGGAGACAUUCAGAUGAUGAAGGCUGAGAUACACCGUAUGGAGGUGCGACUUAACCAGCUGAUGAAGCAGCAGGAGCGACUGUUGAGGGAGAGUGAAGCAACCGUGGAGAGAAGGGAGACCAUCGUCCUGCGCAGGGAGGCCAUUGUCCACAGCUCCCACAAACAAAACACUAAGGGCGAGGUGAACCGCGUCACACAGGGCCUGCACCGCAAGAUCCAGGACACACACAAGCAUGUGGUAGAGUGUGAGCAGGUGAUCAGGGAGCUACAGAAGAGCCAGGAGAGUCUGAGCGACAGGCUCGCACAGCAGAAGCAGCAGCUCAUAGAACUCUGCGGGACCAGUUACGCCCUUGAUCCUGACUUUGGAAAUCUCCAGGACACAAAAGACAGGAACCUAGCCCACCUUGUUGCUCUACAGAGCCGCACCAAGAAGCUGCAGGGCGUGUGUCAGGGCAGCUACAAAGCCUUGUCCACCAGUGAAUCCGUUGGCACCGCUCUGCAGAGCCAGAAGGAGCGUGUGCACGCCACCAGCACCAUCCUGCACCGCGUGUGUGAGGAGCUCCCACAGCACCAGGGGGCGCUGCACAGGCUGUCGCUGGCACUGGAAGCUCACACACAAGCCCCAGAUCAGGAGACGUCCUGA